AUGGUUAAAGCUGUUGUUCUCGGAGCUGCUGGUGGCAUUGGCCAGCCUCUCUCCCUCCUCCUCAAGGCCUCUCCUCUCAUUGACGAGCUUGCCCUGUACGAUGUUGUCAAUACCCCUGGUGUGGCUGCUGAUCUCUCUCACAUCUCCUCGGUUGCUAAAAUCACUGGCUACCUUCCCAAGGAAGAUGGCCUGAAGAAUGCCCUGACCGGUGCUAACGUUGUUGUCAUCCCCGCCGGUAUUCCCCGCAAGCCCGGUAUGACUCGUGAUGAUCUUUUCAAGGUCAACGCUGGAAUCGUCAAGACUCUUGUCCAAGGAAUCGCCGACUUCGCCCCCAAGGCUUUUGUCCUCGUUAUCUCCAACCCCGUUAACUCCACUGUUCCGAUCGCCGCCGAGGUUCUCAAGGCUGCCGGUGUCUUCGACGCCCGCCGUUUGUUCGGUGUGACCACCCUCGACGUCGUUCGUGCCGAGACAUUUACCCAGGAGUACUCUGGCAAGAAGAACGCUUCCGAGGCCACCGUUCCCGUCAUUGGAGGCCACUCUGGCGAGACUAUUGUCCCUCUGUUCAGCAAGGUCUCCCCUAGCUUCCAGAUUCCCGCUGACCGCUACGAGGACCUUGUCAAGCGUGUCCAAUUCGGUGGUGACGAGGUCGUCAAGGCUAAGGAUGGUGCUGGUUCCGCUACCCUGUCUAUGGCCUUUGCCGGUUUCCGAUUUGCCGAGGCCGUCAUUAAGGCUUCUCAGGGCGAGAAGGGCAUUGUUGAGCCUACUUUCGUCCACCUGAACGGUGUCCCUGGCGGUGAUGAAAUUGCCAAGGCCACUGGUCUUGACUUCUUCUCCACUCCCGUUGAACUCGGCCGCAACGGUGUCGAGAAGGCCAUUAACAUCCUUGACGGCGUGACUGAGCGUGAGCAGGAGCUCCUCAAGGCUUGCAUUGAUGGACUCAAGGGCAAUAUUGAGAAGGGUGUUGAGUUCACCAAGAACCCGCCAAAGUAA